CCGAAUAGCACUCCAAAAUGAAUCUCAUACCCAAUCCUAAAAAAUAAAUCGUUAUUUGAUAAUACCAAAUAGUGAUAAAUUUGGUACGGUAUUCGGUAUAUACCAAAUACCGGUACCAAACUUCUAGCCCUACCGGCAGUGCAUGUCAUGACUCAUCACUUAUUCACCUUUACAACUGUUACGUAAAAUACAUAUCCAUUAUGUAAAGAUUACAGAAUGACAGUUGUUUCUUACAUAACAGUUAAAUCAGAAGCAUUACGUAAGGUUUCCGUAAUGACUUAGCACUUUACUUAACGCGAGAUGAAUAUUCAUUACGUAAAAGAACCGUCCAUUACGUAAGACUUUCGUAAUGGCUUAGCACUUCAUGUAACCGCACAAAAUCAUCCUAUGUAGAACCUCAAUGGAACUCAAAUGCGAGAGCUCCGGGACACAAGGACGACACACGUAUAGACACGAAGAAAGGAUGGGGGUCGUUCUAUCAACACCAUUAAGCUCACAAGCAAAAAGCUCCUAACAUGAGAAUGAUCGCCAAAGUCACAAGGCUCAAAGGGGCUGACUAGUGGAUAAAUCAUUUCGGGACAAUCAACAUUUGGGCGUGGACUAAUCCUAUGCCUCCAUCAUACUCACUAGUGACAACUGUGGUGUCAAUCGCCAUGGUAAGAGGGAUCUAAUCACACAAGAAGAAAAAGAUCGGCUCAAAUCUCACAUGGCUACCUAGUCACCCAACAAUCUAUUCCAAUUCAUAAAGCAACAUGCAUGGCAAUUGUAAUCAACAAGUAAUCGAGUCAAAACAUUCAUUCAUUUUUGCACACAUGAGAACUAAACCUUUGCACUAUCCUAAUGCACCUGUCAGUCAUCGGACAUACUCGAUCACAUGGAACAAUUCAAGGUCAAUGCCAAUAAUCACAAGAUUCUCCUACAAACCAGCAACUUUGAUCAUGCAAACAUUGCUUGGAGCCCUCAAAUUUUCAAAUGUGGGCAUAUAUCAAGGCUCCAAGCAUCAAUGACACGCCACUGGGGCUGGAGUGCGGAUCCCACUAUGAGGGCCGACCUAAACUUUGUCCUUCGGUGCUAUAGAAGGCAAAAAAUUCGAAAUGUGGCAUUCAUGGGGCAACUUUAGAUGGCGUCUUCCUCCCAUUCUUUGUCAUGCCUGGCUUCAACUCCUAAGGCUCUGGCUAACCCGUCGUAGCUCAUUGAACGACAUUCCCCCCCCCCCCACCCAACAUGAACUCGACCUCGUGCACUGGAUGGUUGAGGAGGGUUUUGGUCUUGAGGAGGGUGAAGGUACUGAAAAACUUGACGCACAGUUCCCCGUAAAUGUCAUCUUCGAGAUCAAGGAGUUGGCAAAUUGUGGGUGUGCCACUGCCUCCCUCAUAGCAUCACCACAAUGAAGCAUAUCGAAUUAUGUGAAGUCGAGCUUCCAAUGGUAAUCGGAGAUCGCAGUUGCCCAAAAACACAAUUUCUUUUCCAUAUCGGGCGACCUCUUAGGACCACAAGGAACGGGUGUCUCAUGUUAACCAUCCUGAAAAAUUUGACAAACAAACACCAUACGUGGAAACAUUCGUUAAGAACCACUCAUUGGGAGGAAAAAGAAAUCCCCCCCACACUUAUCUCCAAUAUGGAUUUCAAACAUUUAAGCUCAACACACCAUGGCAUGGUUGUGGCUAAUUCACGGUUCAUCUACACAAAAGAUUUGUACCCCAACCCAUGCCCCGGGGGCUACCAACCAACAUUCUAGCAUAACAAUGCAUCUUCAUUCAAAAAAAUAGCACCUAGUGGGCAAGAUCUACAAAUGCAAGCAAUUCGAAUCAACAAAUGCCCACCAAGGCUCACUAGGCUCAUACAAAGUCAAUCAUCUAUUCAAUCAUCCUAAUUCACCUAAUUCCUCGCCCUAAUUCUAAAUUCAACAGUCAAGGCACUAAAAUUCUCCUCACUUCACUUCCUAAUCCGAUUCUCCCAAAAUAAAUAAGUUAGAGCUGGAAAACCCUGGAGACACAGGUAGGACGUACGAGGAAAGGAGGCGAGGGCGACGAAGGCGAAAAACAACCUUAAAACAAUCCGGAGAAGGGUCGCCGAAACUUCUUCAGAAGCUCGCCGGACUCUCGUUGGAGGAUCACCGGCGACGACUACGCCAGGAAUUUUUUGCCCACAUCUCCCCAAAAUCAAGGUUUGUUUUGGGUCUGAGGUUUGUUUUGGGUGUUGUUCGCCGGAAGGGUGUGAAAAGGCCUGAAAACCGUUGGAGAAUAGCGGUUUUCCAGCGAGAUUUGAAUUUUCCGGCGAGUUUUGGGUCGUGAAGUGAAGGGCCAACUCUCACUCCCCUUUUAUAGACGAUGUGGCAAUUCACGGACGCGUUUGCCAGUUCACGGUAGUUAAGACCGCGAACACAACAAUGCGGCCGUGAAUUGUGGCUGGCCGUAAUACGCCCCUGGGGGGGUGUAUAUUAUCAAAAGUCACGCAACUAACGACUCAAUCGAAGAAUCGAUUGAGCUCUAAUCAAGAACAAAGCGUUCUUAAUACGAACUUUGAUCAAACGGAACCAAAAGGAUGAUUCCACCCCUGGGGAAUGCUCGAUUGGUAUAGAAUGGUAGUUGCUCGACCACGAUUGAAGUGACUAUUCAAUCGAUACAAAAAGCUCAGCAAGUUUGGAAUCCACCAAACCCAAAACAAGUUCGCAAACUUGCAAAACCAAACGGUUUCUUUUCUAUUCAAUCAACUCUAAAUUUUACAACGAAAUAGAGCGGUAUUUAAAGGAAAAUAAAACCUAAUACAACCCUAUUAGAACUAGAAAACAAUUAAGUUAAAAUUCUACA